GCGGCGUCGACGACGCCGACGUCAUCCGCGGGUAACGACGACUCGUCCGAGAGAUCCUGGAUCGGGACGCCGCAGACGUCAUACGCCAAUCCGACAUCGACAAACGAUCGUUCCGCCUACUCGUCGAUCUCGAUAGCGCGUGAACCGCGGACACCCGCACGAUAUCUUCCUCGCGGUACCAAGAUACUUCUUCUCACUUCGCGUUCGCCGGUCUCGAUCGCGCCUCAUGAUUUUAAAUUUCUUCGGAUUCGCCCAAGUGCAUCACAUUCGCUGGUACCGGUGGUGAUUGUUGGAUUGGAGAAUCUGAGAUCGAAGCGGUCAAAGAACUUGGUGGUAGAUUAAAGAAGAUCGGGAAGUCAGUGAUCGCAGAAGAAGUGACCUACGUUUUACGGUGCGGAUAUGCAAGCUUGAAAUACCCUGAUUUUAGCGCAUUCGACAUCGGCCGGAUAACGAAUGAUCGAGGAGGCAGGAUGAACGGAACGGCGACAGUCACGGCCACCGAGGAUCAUCAGCAUCAGCAUCAACAAGGGCAAAAUGAACCGACUUCGGAGCACCCACGGAGUCCCGCCAGUCCGCUGAGCGUUAGACACGACUCAGGCGAGAGCAGCGUCAUUUCCCCGGGCCUGCCGGAGCGUUACAGUCCUCUGGGAGCGACGGGGUCCACGUCGAGCCACGAUCCUUACGCCUCCCGGUCGGUCCAGGAGUGCCCGGUGCCCCUCUGCAGAGGAAUGCCGACGGACUUCCCUCUGGCCCGGUCGCCGUACCUGACCGCACUCGGGAACGGUCACCCGCACUUGCUGGGUCAGGUGCAGCAUCAGCAGCAGCAACAGCAGCAGCAACAGCCACAGCAGCCGCAGCACGGCAGUAAACCACCGCGUAGCCUCGGACUGAUAUGCGUGGUCUGCGGCGACACCAGCUCCGGAAAACAUUACGGGAUACUCGCCUGCAACGGCUGCAGCGGCUUUUUCAAGAGGAGUGUCCGACGAAAGCUGAUAUACAGGUGA